AUAAAAGCUUGAAGUUAAUGACAAAUCGACAACGUUAACUUUUUAUACAAAUUUAUUCUACAUAAAUGCCCUAACUUUGAAGAGCAUCAUCACUCCCAAUCUGUCAUCACCUUCAUCAAACAACAAAACAAACAACAAUGGCCCUAUUAGAUCAGAGCCUCUUUCACUACAGUCUCCUAUCCAUUUACCUCAUAGGACCCCCUACAUUCAUUUCCCUGAAAUUUCUUCAAGCCCCGUAUGGGAAGCACCACCGUCCAGGGUGGGGUCCUACAAUCUCUCCACCCUUGGCUUGGAUCCUCAUGGAAAGCCCCACUCUUUGGCUCACACUCCUCCUCUUCCCCUAUGGCCAACACUUCACCAAUCCCAAAGCUCUCAUUCUCAUGUCCCCCUUCCUCCUCCACUACUUCCACCGCACCUGCAUCUACCCACUUCGGAUUUAUCGGAAUUCCAAAACCACUGGUGGUUUCCCGGUGAGUGUGGCCGUUAUGGCAUUUGGGUUUAAUCUGCUGAAUGCUUACCUGCAGGCUAGGUGGGUGUCUCAUUACAAGAGUGAUUAUGACGGGGGACUGUUUUGGUGGAAGUUUUUUGGUGGGUUAGUGGUGUUUGUGUGGGGCAUGAGGAUCAAUACGUGGGCCGAUGGGGUUUUGUUAGGUUUGAAGAGGGAAGGUGGUGGGUAUAAGGUGCCGAGAGGAGGGUGGUUUGAGUUGGUGAGCUGCCCCAACUACUUCGGGGAGAUUGUGGAGUGGCUUGGAUGGGCAGUGAUGACUUGGUCUUGGGCUGGGUUUGGUUUUUUACUCUAUACAUGUGCUAACUUGGUGCCUAGGGCAUGUGCCAAUCACAAAUGGUACCUGGAGAAGUUCAAAGAGGAUUAUCCCAGGAGCAGGAAAGCAGUGAUCCCUUUUCUGUGUUGAAGCUAUUUUCCCCUCUUCUUGUGUUUUUAGUCUGCAACAAUGGAACUGUAAUGGCUGGCUGUGUUUCUUCCAGUUAAGAAUCAAAUGCAAAGUAAUAUUCCAUUA